AAUGUCCUGUAUGCGGUGCUGCACUCCCUCCUCAGCUGCCUCAUCCCCCCGGCCAACCUGCUGGUGAUCGUGGCCGUCUGCCAGCUGAUGAGGAAGCAGCCGGGCACCAGCUACGUCUACAUCCUCAACCUGGCCACCGCCGACUUGCUGGUGGGUGUGAUGUGCAUCACUGAGGCGCUGGACAACAUCCUCGACAGGGAUUUUUACCGCAGCAAGUCCUUCUGCCUCCUGCGCGUCGCCAUGAGCAUGACGCCCUGCAUCGCCUCCAUCCUGACCCUGCUCCUGAUCUCC